CAGAGCAGAGCACAAUAUGUGGAGUAAUUAUGGCUAGGUACGCGGCUGGCGGUACGUUCAAGCUCGAGGCGGUAAUCUAGGAUUCUGCAAUCAGUGCAACAGAACCAAGAGCUCAUCUUCCUCCCGUUUGGUACUACCAGCGAUAUAAAAGGAAAACCGCCGAAUCUCGGUACCACACUCACAGUGCAUAUUAACAUCUGACAUGAAGCAAGUAGUGGUAGCGCUGGCCCUAAUAGGGCUAGGGUCCUGUGCGCGUUUAGAGUACCUUCCACCAGGAAGGGGCGGUCAGCCUGGAGUAUUUCCAGGGGCGGGGCCAGCGCCUGGUAGAGGGGGCGGAGCCGGCGGUGGUGGAGGUGGAGCCUAUGGAGGCGGCGGAGGUGCUGGAGGAGGAGGAAGAGGUGGUGCCGGAGGAGGAAGAGGUGGUGCCGGAGGAUAUGGCGGAGCUGGUGGAGCUGGCGCUGGAGGUUACGGUGGAGCUGCAGGUGCCGGAGGAGUAGGAGGUUAUGGUGGAGGUGGCGCCGCAGGUGGUGCUGGUGGUUAUGGGGGAGCGGGAGGAGCAGGCGCCGGCGGUUACGGAGGAGCUGGAGGUGCAGGUGCUGGAGGAUACGGGGGAGCCGGAGGAGCUGGAGGAUAUGGAGGAGCAGGAGGAGCUGGUGGUUUUGGUGCAGGAGGUGCCGGGAGACCUGGAGCAGGAUCAGAAAUCGCCAUUCUCAAGUACGAAAACGUGAACAAUGGUGACGGAACAUACCACUAUCUCUAUGAGACUGCAAACGGUAUCAGCGCCCAGGAAGAUGGUGAUGCCAGAGGUGAUGGGACAAAUGCUCAAGGUGGUUUCAGUUACACAGCCCCAGACGGCCAAGUAAUAACUAUCCAAUACACAGCCGACCAGAAUGGUUUUGUGCCCCAGGGGGCUCAUCUGCCUACCCCUCCCCCUAUCCCAGAAGAAAUCCAGAGAGCCAUAGAGCAGAAUCUCGCGGACGAGGCCCGAGGUAUCGUGGACGAUGGACAGUACAGGCCCGGAGCUGAGGAAGGAGGUUAUGGGGGUGGAGCUGGAGGUAGAGGAGGUGCUGGAGGAUACGGUGGUGCUGGAGGAGGAGCUGGAGGAUAUGGAGGUGCGGGUGCAGGAGGUGCUGGAGGAUAUGGAGGUGCGGGUGCAGGAGGUGCUGGAGGUUAUGCGGGAGCUGGAGGAGCCGGCGGGGCUGGUGGCUACGGUGGUGCAGGAGGUGGCGGAGCCCCAGGCACAGGCUACGGAGCUCCCGCUUUCCGGCCGGCGGGAGGCGCAGGAGCGGGAGGGGCGGGAGGUGCUGCCGCGGGCGGUGGUUACAGGUACUAACGCAGUACCUCUGCUGUCAGCCAUAGGAGCCUCGUUGUAAUAUAAUUCAAUUGUGCAUGUGUGUUGUAUAUAGGUAUAUUAUUUAAAUUAUAUGUGAAUGAUGCGUAUACUAUGUAUUUAAUAAAAAGAUUUUUGUACGUGGAA